CACAUAUCGACAUUUAAUAAUGUCACCAAAGUCUUCUAAUAAAAAAAAAAAAGCUGUUAGCUGGUAUCAUUGCGAAUUAUGUGACGUUAAUAUAACGUUCAAAGAAAGAGAAUGUCAUGAGCAGAAAUGCCCCAUAGACGAGGAUGCAUUGAAAACUUCCGCGGGCGAGCCUUUAGAGUACAUACGAAAUGGCGUGUUGUACACAGCGAGUGUGGAGAAAAAGAAAUUCGAAAUACCUGAAUUAAAGGACAUGCCCGAUCGUUAUAUCAAUCAGUUGAUAUUUGUAUCUGAGGGCGCUAUACGUUUAUUGGGUUGGCAUAUAGGGCAAUAUAUUGUUAUUGAAACUAAUGAAAUAAAUGAACCUCCUUUAAUACGUAGCAUAUGGCCAAUACCAGAAAGCUUCUUAAAUACCCUUCUUGUAUGUGAAGAAGACUUCACUUUGUAUUGGACUAAAUUUGCAGGAGAGAUUUUACGUGUUCGCGCUUUGCCGGAGGGACAGCCUAGAAUAGCUAAAUCCGUUUUGUUGCAAUUGCAAACACGGGCGCCUGAAUUGAGGCUUAAUGAUAGUGAUGAGCCUCUAACCUUGGUAGAGUUGAAAGAUUUGAAACGUUUAUUAAAAUUGGAAUUAAAAAAUUUCUGUUUCACGUGCGGCAGUCGUGUUCAUUUUGAUUUCUUCAAUAAAGAUUUAUGGUUUAAAGUUAACCAAUGGAAUGAUGUCGUCGAUGAUGCGACUUUAGAAUCAACUUUUAAUAAACUUUCAUUGGAAAACAAGAGCCGGAAAACGGUCUUUAAAGUCACAAACAUAACCAUUUUGGAAAUAGACGCACAAGAGCAAACAUCAGAAAUAGAAAAUGACGAGAUAGGCAAAAUCCCUACAUAUAUGAUAACGAGAGAAGACAUCGGCGGCUUAACGACAAAGCUAGAAAUAGUAGAGGAAACAAUGGAUUUGGCUUUGGCUCUAUGUAAAAUUCCAAAAGGUGUUAAAAUUCCGCGUGGACUUUUACUUUAUGGUUCUUCCGGAUGUGGCAAAACUAUGAUAUGUGAGGCCAUGUGUUCCCGAUUACGUGAAAGACUAACUGAUACUUCUUCGAAACCUUUAGUACUCAAACUGCGUGGCAGUGAACUUUUCAGCAAAUAUCUCGGAGAAACGGAGAAAAACUUGUAUUCGUAUUUCCAGAAAGUCUAUUCCCAUUACCCCUCGCCCUCCUUAAUGAUUGUAGAAGAUAUUCACAAUCUAUGCCCCAAACACGAAACCACAGAAGUAGUUAAGCGAGUGGCCGUAGCUUUCCUCAAUAUGCUCGAUGCGAUGAAUAGUAAGCGAGAAGCGCAAAAAUGUUUUAUUCUAGCUACAACUUCACACAUAGAAUUAUUGAAUUCCAAUUUAAGACGAUGUGGACGUUUGGAUCGCGAGCUGGAAAUUGCUGCUCCCUCUCCUAGUGGUCGCGCAGAGAUCUUGAAAUGUCUUUUGAGAAAGUUAGAGAAUCACAAAGUGACGUUGGCGGAUAUUGAAGAGAUUGCACAAAUUACUCACGGUUUUGUGGGAGCCGAUCUAAGUAGUUUACUUUAUAAUGCUACAUUACGUGUUCUCAAAAGUGAACACGCAACUGAUCCCAGUUUAACUGCGGAAGAUCUGAAAGCUGCAUUACAUACAGUGAAGCCAUCCGCGAUGCGUGAAGUGCUUAUUGAAUGUCCGAACGUCAGGUGGGCGGACAUUGGAGGACAAGAUGAGUUGAAAAUGAAACUAAAACAAGCCAUAGAAUGGCCAUUGAAAUAUGCUGACCAAUUUAAGAAAAUGAGUAUAAAACCCCCGCGAGGCAUUUUAAUGUACGGUCCACCAGGCUGCUCGAAAACUAUGAUAGCUAAAGCAUUGGCUACAGAAAGUCAAUUAAACUUUCUCUCUAUCAAGGGACCCGAACUUUUCUCCAUGUGGGUAGGAGAAUCCGAACGAGCCGUAAGAGAGGUAUUUCGCAAAGCUCGCCAGGUGGCUCCAGCGAUUGUAUUUUUUGACGAAAUUGAUGCUAUAGGUAGCGAAAGAAAUGAUGGGGCUUCCGGUGGCUCUGGUAGUUCAGUUAAGGAGCGAGUUCUGACUCAGUUAUUAACCGAACUGGAUGGAGUUGAAACUCUAGAGAAUGUAACGAUUGUUGCUGCGACCAAUCGGCCAGAUCUAAUAGAUAAGGCUUUGCUGCGACCCGGUCGUAUAGAUCGCAUCAUUUAUGUGGGUUUGCCAGAUGAGAAAGCACGCAAGGAAAUCUUUCACAUCAAACUUCAAAAAAUGCCCUUAGCCGAUGAUGUUGAAAUCUCGACGCUAAUCAAAAGAACUGAGGGCUAUUCAGGUGCGGAAAUUCAAGCAAUAUGCCAUGAAGCAGCCCUCAAGGCGCUAGAAGAAAACCUUGACGCGCACCAUGUGUGCCGGCCACAAUUCGAAUACGCAUUACAGACAGUGCAGCCGCGUACAAGUCCUGAGCUGUUGCGUUUAUACGAAGAAUACAUGAAGAAGUCUUAAUAAAUGUUGUGAGGCA